AUGUUGACUUGCGUAACACAUCCUUCUGACUCUAAUUUCCCAAANAGUCUUUUCCACCCUCGUCUUGCUUCGGGCCCCGCGCCCUCCAUCAUCUUGUAUCUUCCUCCCGGCCCUUUGCUGCCUGCUGCCUUGCCCACUGUUGAUGUUGGCGCUGCGCUUUCGUCAGUGACGUCGGCUACUGUCGUGCAAAUCAACUAUCGUUGCUCGCAAGAACAUCGAUAUCCUACUCCCAUUCAUGAUGUCUUGACGGGCUAUGACUGGGUUUUGGAACAUCUCGUUCCUAGCAGAUCAUUCUAUCGUCCCGGCCGGUCUGCGAACCAUAGAAUCAAGCUAGCAGUAUGUGGUGAGCUCAUCGGUGGCAGUCUUGCUGCCAUGCUCACAUUGACCGAAUGCCGUCUUCAAGGGCCAUACGUCGCCGCUGCUGCCAUCAAUGAACCCAUUCUAGAUUGGGUCUUUCCCGAAGACGAAGAAAUCGAACGCGAAACCUCUGUCGACCGUCUUGCCUCAUAUAUCCAAGGCCGAAAACCGAGGUCAAAAUCAAAAUCUCGGCAGACGAGUUUCUCGACAUCUGGAGAGAACGGCAUCCUCAACGCCAGUACAUUGCUCAAAGCAAGACACAAUUUGUUCAGACGUCCUGAGGAUUACUUUGACACAUUUGCAUCGCCAAUCUUCAACUUCCGCACUCCGGGAGUUCCUGUACCACCACCACAUCCCAAAACUCCCGCCGACGAAUUUGCCGAACUUGCUCUGUUCGAGCGUGAUGAUUUCCAUCGGCAGCAGAUGAAGAUGAGCUCACUGUCAUACAGGUUGCAAAAUCCAGACAAGCAGGAAGAGGACACUGCAGAAGCAAAGAAACCCCGGAAAUCCCACCGAAGAUGGCCCAAUGCAGGCAGCGGGUUAAGGAUACCUCAGAUGCGCAUCUCGUCCGCAGUGACUAGUCCACUGUCAGACCAGGCUGAUGAAUUUGCUCGACUGAUACAGAAAAGUAUCGUGUCACAGGAGAUCAAGACUGUAGAGGCUGAAGGAGAUGACAUGGCAAAAGAAGCUGCAUAUAUGCUUGCUGAGCGCCAGAUACAUCACAGACAGCCCGAUGCUUUACGUCUAUGGUCGUUGGGUCAAACGCAUGAUUUGCGGCAUGUCGCUCACUGGUGUGAGCAGAUCCUCGAACAAUGA